GGUAAUAAUCCCACUAUGGAGAGAGCCAUCAGCAGCGGAGACAAGGUCCAGUUUGAGAGGCUGCGGCGACACACGCGUGUAUCAGAGAGCUCUGGGGCUGAAGAGGAGUGGUUGAACACCUCCAUGGAAGCGAGCGGCUCCUAUGGUCAGAGCCCUACCUUCCACACCAUGCACGCAGAGGGAAACUUGUACAGCCGCAGCCCCUUUGAGCAUGCCGAAGAGAACUACAAACGCUGGCUCGCCUCUAAUACCAAUGGAGCGCAGGCUGCUUCUCCAAGGAGUCCAACCACCAGAGGCUACAUGACCUUCCAGUCAAGACGCAGCCGCACUCAACAGCAGGAUCAGGGACACCAUGUCACCACUGUGAAAGCCUCUGGUACCCCCCACCGACUAAUCACUAGAGGCCGCAAUCGCACCUCCUCUGAGACCGAGCAGGGGGGCAAAGGCAGCAGGGGUCCGACCCAGAGGAAGAGGGGCUUCUCUGAGACGGAAAGCAGGCCCAGAUGGGACAAUACCAACAUGAGUGGACUGCAGUGCCUCGCCUCCGAGAACAUCUGGUUCGACAAGCACCGCUAUGAUGAGGCAGAGAGGCGCUUCUACGAGGGAGUUAAUGGACCAUCUCAACAGCAGGACGGAGAAGUUAAUGCCAUCCUGCAGGACAUUGCUAAAUCCCGACAGAAUAUCCUGCAGUCCCUCAACGGAGUGAAAUCAACCCUGCAGCACGCCAAAGGGCGCCAGCAGAAACGGCAGCACAGAAACUCAUCCUCACAUGCAGGAGGAGACCAGGAGCUGGUUUCACGCAUGAAGAGCAUGGAACUGGAGAACCAGACUCUGCACAAAGUGGUGGCAGAGAUGAGGGCAGCCCUGCUGAAGCUGGAGUCCAGAGUGGCUGUGCUGGAGAAGAACCCAGCAGCUGUCCCAUGUGCUAAGGCUGUUACAGUCCAGGCUGCUCCAGCCAAACAGGUAAAGGUCGAAAAUGGCGGUGAUGACGAAGACGACGACAUUGACUUGUUCGGCAGUGAUGAGGAAGACGAGGAGGCAGCACGCAUCAAGCAGGAGCGCCUGGAUGCUUACGCAGCCAAGAAGUCCAAGAAACCUGCCCUCAUCGCCAAGUCAUCUAUCCUGUUGGACGUUAAGCCCUGGGAUGAUGAGACUGAUAUGGCGAAGCUGGAGGAGUGUGUGCGCUCAGUGCAGAUGGACGGGCUCCUGUGGGGAGCAUCCAAACUGGUGCCAGUGGGCUACGGCAUCAAGAAGCUGCAGAUCAACUGUGUGGUUGAGGACGACAAAGUAGGCACUGACAUCCUAGAAGAGGAGAUCACUAAGUUUGAAGACUAUAUCCAGAGUGUCGAUGUCGCCGCCUUCAACAAGAUCUAAGCUCCACCAGCUGUUUACUAGUUCCACCAAAGUGUUUUUGCUGCUCCAGGCUUGCACGGUUAUUAAAAUGCUGCAUUUUGAGCACAA